AUGAAGUCAGUAUCGUUCAAUCUGGGUGCUGAUGUGGUGAGCUCUGAUGAGCCACCUUCCACGGAGGGCGCAGGAGAGGAUAACGAAUCGGACUGGACUUGCGACUGUGCUAUAUGCCUGGGAGAAUUCGAGAAUGAUGAAAUGGUUUGCGAACUUAAAUGUGGUCACAUUUUUCACGAAGAAUGCGUUCACGGGUGGUUCGUCAGUUCUCGCAAACCUCGUUGUCCUGUAUGCAGGAUGGAGGUUAAAUCUGAGAAGGACGAUGUAGAGGACGUCGAGCAAUCCUCUAACGUGCCUGAGCAAUCUGUCUCCGACCUCGAAGGCAGCGAUGGGUUGACUCAUAGAAUGCAACCCGUGAUUGCGAUUUAA